CUAAAGUGCAGACUGCACUGUGUGCGCGCGGAGAUGACAGUCGCCAUUUUAUUUUGAAAAAUUUAACCGAACUGGAAGGAGAGCAACCCUUUUAAUUAAUCAAGUUUGGGCGCAGAAACCAAAAGGAAUGAACAUAACAAAUACAUUUUAGAAACCAUGAUGCUGAACUUGAUUUUGCACUGAGGGACUUUACCUUGUAUCAAGAUCCAUUGACAGACGAAGCUUGUUUUAAAACAGACAUUUCACACCUGGGGGGGGGCAGAAGUAUCUUAUCACUGAAGUGACUAAAGGGGAAUAAUGGUGAUUUUGCGCCGGGCACGGCCGCCUGCUUCCGCCCCAACCAGCAAUGAAUCUUGACUCGCUCUCGCUGGCUUUGUCUCAAAUCAGCUACCUGGUGGACAAUUUAACAAAAAAAAACUACAGAGCCAGCCAGCAGGAAAUACAGCAUAUUGUGAAUCGUCACGGCCCUGAGGCGGACAGGCAUUUAUUACGCUGUCUCUUCUCCCAUGUGGAUUUCAGUGGUGAUGGUAAAAGCAGUGGCAAAGAUUUUCAUCAGUUUCUGAUCCAGGAGUGUGUUUCACUGAUUUCAAAGCCUAAUUUUAUUUCAACACUUUGCUACGCCAUCGACAAUCCUUUGCACUACCAGAAGAGUUUGAAGCCGUCGGCCCACUUGUUCACUCAGUUGAGUAAAGUUCUCAAGCUAAGCAAGGUUCAAGAAGUGAUAUUUGGCCUUGCUUUGCUCAAUUCGUGCAACGCAGACCUUCGUGGUUUUGCCGCGCAGUUCGUCAAACAAAAGCUCCCUGAUCUCCUCCGCUCGUACGUGGACGCUGACCUUGGCGUUAACCAGGAAGGUGGCUUCCAAGAUAUUGCCAUAGAGGUACUGCACCUGCUCCUCUCCCAUCUUCUCUUUGGCCAGAAGGGAGCCAGUGGCGUCGGACAAGAGCAGAUUGACGCUUUCCUCAAGACACUGUGCAGAGAUUUCCCGCAGGCGCGCUGCCCUGUGGUGCUUGCACCGCUGCUGUACCCUGAAAAACGGGACAUUCUGAUGGACAGGAUUCUGCCAGACUCGGGAGAGUUAGCCAAGACCAUGAUGGAGAGUUCUCUUGCAGAGUUCAUGCAGGAAGUUGGCUAUGGCUUUUGUGCAAGCCUUGAUGAAUGCCGCAACAUCAUUCUGCAGUAUGGGGUACGAGAGGUUACUGCCAGCCAGGUGGCCAGGGUCCUGGGGAUGAUGGCUCGUACCCACUCUGGCUUGUCUGAUGGAAUCCCCCUACAGUCCAUCUCUGCUCCCGGCAGUGGCAUUUGGAGUGAUGGAAAGGACAAAAGUGAUGGUUCUCAGGCCCACACUUGGAAUGUAGAAGUUCUGAUUGACGUGGUCAAAGAAGUUAACCCCAAUCUGAACUUCAAAGAGGUGACCUACGAGCUCGAUCACCCUGGCUUUAUGAUCCGGGACAGUAAGGGACUUCAGAUGGUGGUGUAUGGGAUCCAGAGGGGCCUGGGUAUGGAAGUGUUCCCUGUCGACCUCAUCUACCGGCCCUGGAAGCAUGCUGAGGGACAGCUGUCAUUCAUUCAGCACUCCCUCAUGAGCCCAGAUGUGUUCUGCUUCGCUGACUAUCCCUGCCACACCGUAGCCAUCGACAUACUGAAGGCGCCACCCGAGGACGAUAACAGGGAGAUAGCCACCUGGAAGAGCCUGGACCUGGUGGAGAGCCUCCUGCGCCUCUCUGAGGUGGGCCAGUACGAGCAGGUGAAGCAGCUCUUCAGUUUCCCCAUCAAACACUGUCCUGACAUGCUGGUGCUGGCGCUGCUGCAGAUCAGCACCUCCUGGCACACCCUGCGCCACGAGCUCAUCUCCACCCUCAUGCCCAUCUUCCUGGGCAACCACCCCAACUCCGCCAUCAUCUUGCACUACGCGUGGCACGGACAGGGCCAGUCCCCCUCUAUCCGCCAGCUGAUCAUGCACUCGAUGGCAGAGUGGUACAUGAGAGGAGAGCAGUACGACCAGGCCAAGCUGUCCCGCAUCCUGGAUGUGGCCCAGGACUUGAAGUCUCUUUCAAUGCUGCUAAAUGGUACUCCAUUUGCCUUUGUUAUUGACCUUGCUGCACUUGCCUCUCGCCGUGAAUACCUCAAACUUGACAAAUGGCUGACUGACAAAAUCCGAGAGCACGGGGAGCCCUUCAUCCAGGCAUGUGUAACGUUCCUGAAGAGGCGUUGUCCCUCUAUUAUGGGUGGUCUGGCCCCAGAGAAGGACCAGCCCAAAAGCGCCCAGCUCCCCCCGGAAACGAUGGCUACCAUGCUGGGCUGUCUGCAGUCCUGUGCCGGGAGUGUGUCUCAAGAGCUCUCUGAGACUAUCUUGACCAUGGUUGCCAACUGUAGCAACGUCAUGAACAAAGCCCGCCAGCCACCACCUGGGGUCAUGCCAAAGGGACGUGCUCCCAGCACCAGCAGCCUAGACGCCAUUUCCCCUGUGCAGAUGGAUCCCCUGACAGCCAUGGGUUCACUGAACCUGAGCAGCUCUGCCACCUCUCACACACAGAGCAUGCAGGGCUUCCCUACCCCGCUGGGCUCUGCCUUCAGCAACCCCCAGUCCCCAGCUAAGGCCUUCCCUCCACUGUCCAACCCCAACCCCAGCACACCGUUUGGGGGGAUUGGAAGCCUCUCUUCACAGCUAGGUAACACAGGUCCGCUGGGAUCAGGCAUUGGUUCUGGUCUUGGAAUGCCAGCGGUGAGCAGCGAUCCGUUUGGGACGAGGAAGAUGAGCACACCGGGCCUGAAUCCGACCACCUUUCAGCAGAGUAAGAUGAAGGCCUCUGACUUAUCUCAGGUGUGGCCCGAGGCUAACCAGCACUUUAGUAAGGAGAUUGACGAUGAGGCUAACAGUUACUUCCAGCGCAUAUACAACCACCCUCCGCACCCCACCAUGUCUGUGGAUGAGGUGCUGGAGAUGUUGCAGAGGUUCAAGGACUCCACCAUCAAGCGAGAGCGGGAGGUCUUUAACUGUAUGCUGAGGAACUUGUUUGAGGAGUACCGCUUCUUCCCCCAGUACCCCGACAAGGAGCUGCACAUCACCGCCUGCCUGUUCGGGGGGAUCAUCGAGAAGGGUCUUGUCACCUACAUGGCCCUUGGACUGGCCCUCAGAUAUGUCCUUGAAGCCUUAAGGAAGCCAUUUGGAUCCAAAAUGUAUUACUUUGGAAUCGCUGCUCUAGAUAGAUUCAAAAAUAGGCUGAAGGACUAUCCCCAAUAUUGUCAGCACUUGGCCUCGAUCGGCCACUUUCUGCAAUUCCCCCUUCAUUUGCAAGAGUGCGUGCAGUAUAUCGAGUAUGGCCAACAGUCACGGGAUCCUCCAGUGAAGAUGCAAGGAUCCAUCACCACCCCUGGAAGCCUGGCGUUGGCUCAAGCUCAGGCCCAGUCUCAGCCUCCCAAAGCCCCCCAGCCUGGACAGCCCAGCACCCUGGUCACCACAGCUACCGCCACCACCACUGUCGCCAAAACCACUACCAUCACCCGACCUACCCCUGGCAGCUUCAAGAAGGAUGUGCCGCCUUCCAUCAACACCACAAACAUUGACACUCUGCUAGUAGCAACAGACCAAACUGAGAGGAUUGUGGAACCCCCAGAGAAUGUUCAAGAGAAAAUUGCUUUCAUCUUCAAUAACCUGUCACAAUCCAACAUGACACAGAAGGUCGAGGAGUUAAAGGAAACUGUGAAAGAGGAGUUUAUGCCCUGGGUUUCCCAGUAUCUUGUCAUGAAAAGGGUCAGCAUCGAGCCCAACUUCCACAGCCUAUAUUCCAACUUUUUAGACACCCUGAAGAACCCUGAGUUUGUCAAAAUGGUCCUAAAUGAAACUUACAGAAACAUCAAGGUUCUCCUUACCUCUGAUAAGGCAGCUGCAAACUUCUCUGAUCGAUCCCUACUGAAGAAUUUGGGCCACUGGCUUGGCAUGAUCACUCUGGCUAAAAACAAGCCCAUCCUGUACACGGAUUUGGAGGUGAAAUCCCUCUUGUUGGAAGCCUAUGUCAAGGGGCAGCAGGAGCUACUCUAUGUGGUCCCGUUUGUGGCCAAAGUCCUGGAAUCCAGUUUGCGUAGUGUGAUCUUCCGACCUCAGAAUCCCUGGACCAUGGCCAUCAUGAAUGUUCUGGCAGAGUUGCAUACGGAACAUGAUCUAAAGCUGAACUUAAAGUUUGAGAUUGAGGUGCUGUGUAAGAACUUAUCACUGGACAUCAACGACCUGAAGCCUGGCACCCUGCUGAAAGACAAAGACAAGUUGAAGAGUCUGGAUGAGCAGCUCUCUGCACCAAAGAAAGAGGCCAAGCCCCCUGAAGAAAUGAUCCCUAUUGUUAGCACAGCUGCACCAUCCACUCCCGCCCCAACCACCACUUGCUCAGCUACUGGGCCCCCUACCCCGCAGUUUAGCUAUCAUGACAUCAAUGUGUACGCCCUUGCAGGGCUAGCCCCUCACAUCAAUAUCAACAUCAACAUCCCCUUGCUUCAAGCCCACCCUCAGCUCAAGCAGUGUGUGAGACAGUCCAUUGAGCGGGCUGUGCAAGAGCUUGUCCACCCCGUAGUGGACCGCUCCAUUAAGAUUGCCAUGACCACCUGCGAGCAGAUCGUCAGGAAGGACUUUGCUCUGGACUCGGAGGAGUCGCGCAUGCGUGUGGCAGCUCAUCAUAUGAUGCGCAACCUGACCGCCGGCAUGGCCAUGAUCACCUGCCGGGAGCCCCUGCUCAUGAGCAUCGCCACCAACCUGAAGAACAGCUUUGCCGCUGCCCUCAGGGCCCCCACCCCCCAGCAGAGAGAGAUGAUGGAGGAAGCUGCUGCCAGGGUUGCCCAGGACAACUGUGAGCUGGCCUGCUGCUUCAUCCAGAAGACUGCAGUGGAGAAGGCUGGCCCAGAGAUGGACAAGAGGCUGGCGACGGAGUUUGAGCUGAGGAAGCAUGCCCGUCAGGAGGGCCGUCGCUACUGUGACCCCGUUGUGCUGACCUACCAGGCUGAGCGCAUGCCAGAGCAGAUCAGACUCAAGGUUGGAGGCGUAGACCCCAAACAGCUGGCGGUGUAUGAAGAGUUUGCCCGGAAUGUUCCAGGCUUCCUACCCAGCAACGACCUGUCUCAGCCCACAGGAUUCCUUGCCCAGCCCAUGAAGCAACAGGCAUGGGCCACGGACGACGUGGCUCAGAUCUAUGACAAGUGCAUGGCAGACCUGGAGCAGCACCUCCACGCCAUCCCUCCAGCGCUGUCCAUGAACCCUCAGACCCAGGCUUUGCGCAGCCUACUGGAGGCUGUGGCCCUAGCCAGGAACUCCCGGGAUGGCAUCGCCGCUCUGGGCCUGCUGCAGAAGGCUGUGGAGGGUCUGCUGGAUGCUACCAGUGGUGCCGAUGCCGACUUGCUUCUGCGGUACAGAGAGUGCCACCUGCUGGUGCUCAAAGCCCUCCAGGACGGCCGGGCAUACGGGCCACUGUGGUGCAACAAGCAGAUUACCAGGUGCCUGAUUGAGUGCCGUGAUGAGUACAAGUACAACGUGGAGGCUGUGGAGCUGCUGAUCAGAAACCACCUGGUCAACAUGCAGCAGUACGACCUGCACCUGGCACAGUCUAUGGAGAAUGGGCUGCACUACAUGGCGGUGGCGUUUGCCAUGCAGCUGGUGAAGCUGCUGUUGGUGGAUGAGCGCAGUGUGAGCCACAUUACCGAGGCAGACUUGUUCCACACUAUCGAGACUCUGAUGCGAACCAGCGCCCACUCCAGGGCCAACGCACCUGAGGGGCUUCCUCAGCUGAUGGACGUGGUCCGUUCCAACUACGAGGCCAUGAUCGACCGGGCCCACGGAGGACCCAACUUUAUGAUGCACUCUGGCAUCUCCCAGGCAUCCGAGUACGACGACCCACCGGGCCUGAGGGAGAAGGCUGAGUACCUGCUGAGGGAAUGGGUCAACCUGUACCACUCUGCAGCCGCCGGCCGGGACAGCACCAAGGCCUUCUCUGCCUUUGUGGGCCAGAUGCACCAGCAGGGCAUUCUGAAGACCGAUGACCUGAUCACUCGUUUCUUCCGGCUGUGCACGGAGAUGUGUGUGGAGAUUAGCUACCGCGCCCAGGCCGAGCAGCAGCACAACCCCGCGGCCAGCGCCGCCAUCAUCAGAGCCAAGUGUUACCAUAACCUGGAUGCCUUUGUGCGCCUCAUCGCCCUGCUGGUCAAGCACUCCGGAGAGGCCACCAACACUGUCACCAAGAUCAACCUGCUCAACAAGGUUCUAGGUAUUGUGGUUGGAGUGUUGAUCCAGGACCAUGAUGUGAGGCAGACUGAGUUCCAGCAGUUGCCCUACCACCGCAUCUUCAUCAUGCUGUUGCUCGAGCUCAAUGCCCCCGAGCACGUGCUAGAGACCAUCAACUUCCAGACCCUCACCGCCUUCUGCAACACUUUCCACAUCCUGAGGCCUACCAAAGCCCCUGGCUUUGUUUACGCUUGGCUGGAGUUGAUCUCUCACCGUAUCUUCAUCGCCAGGAUGCUGGCGCACACCCCACAGCAGAAGGGUUGGCCCAUGUAUGCCCAACUUCUCAUUGAUCUGUUCAAGUACCUGGCGCCCUUCCUGAGGAAUGUUGAGCUUAACAAACCUAUGCAAAUCCUCUACAAGGGUACCCUGCGUGUCCUUCUAGUCCUACUGCAUGACUUCCCAGAGUUCCUGUGUGACUACCACUACGGCUUCUGCGACGUCAUCCCACCCAACUGCAUCCAGCUCCGCAACCUGAUUCUGAGUGCCUUCCCACGCAACAUGAGGCUUCCAGACCCCUUCACUCCCAAUCUGAAGGUUGACAUGCUCAGCGAGAUCAACAUUGCGCCGCGCAUCCUCACAAACUUCACCGGAGUGAUGCCCUCUCAGUUCAAGAAGGAUCUGGACUCGUACCUGAAGACACGCUCCCCCGUCACCUUCCUCUCUGAGCUCCGCAGCAAUCUGCAGGUAGGGGGCGCCACUCUGGGUCCCUGGAAGUAUUUGCAGCACAACGACACAUCUUUAGAACAGGUGUCAAAUGAGCCAGGCAACCGUUACAACAUCCAGCUGAUCAACGCUCUGGUGCUGUAUGUGGGAACCCAGGCCAUCGCACACAUCCACAACAAGGGCAGCACCCCCUCCAUGAGCACCAUCACUCACUCAGCCCACAUGGACAUCUUCCAGAACCUGGCUGUGGACCUGGACACUGAGGGGCGUUAUCUCUUCCUGAAUGCCAUUGCCAAUCAGCUGCGCUACCCAAACAGCCACACCCAUUACUUCAGCUGCACCAUGCUGUACCUGUUUGCUGAGGCCAACACUGAGGCAAUCCAGGAGCAGAUUACCAGGGUUCUUCUGGAGAGGCUGAUUGUGAACCGGCCUCAUCCCUGGGGACUGCUCAUCACCUUCAUCGAGCUCAUCAAGAAUCCCGCCUUCAAGUUCUGGAGCCACGACUUUGUACACUGUGCCCCGGAGAUCGAGAAGUUGUUCCAGUCAGUGGCUCAGUGCUGCAUGGGGCAAAAGCAGGCUCAGCAGGUGAUGGAGGGCACUGGUGCCAGUUAGUCAGCCAGCCUGCAGGAGAGAUAAUAGGGCCAAACCCUCCAUCCCUGGAACCCACCCCACAGAUGCCCCCCUACAUUACUGUUAGCACUGGAUGAACUGGCAAUGCUGAUUUUGAAGUUUGACUGCUGCUCAUGGAUCUAAGAGUUUGUUUUGCCCUGGCUAUGGAGAAGUUAUUUGGACAUGCUGUUUAAUAUUUUUAUGCUUCGAUGUAAAUAUUAAAAGGGAGAUGGAGAGCUUGAUAGUACGAGCAGAUAUGUGAAUGUAGUGUCCAACAAAUGAUCUAACGUGUAAAGACGACGUGUACACACACAUUCAGUCACUACCAAAGGUCCCUGGCUGUCUCCCUCCUACAGAUUUAAUUUUUGCAUAUUUGAUGAUUGAUUUAUUUGCAUUCAGAGGCUUAAACGGUAGUGGAUAAAGAGGGCUGUUUUUUAUUUUUUAUUUGUUGAGUGGGAAAAGAAAGGCAGUGCACUAGAUUCUCUCAUGGGUUCACUCCUUUGAUCUACUUGGGGUGUGGUGGGGGCAAUGGUCUUUCCAUUUUAAAUAGUGGGUUCGAGGUUCUCCCCGGCACUUGUAAAAUUGUGGAAAAUUUAAGAUGGCGAAUUAAAUCUUAAAAUUUGUACAAAGAUCCAAAUUGCAGAACAACAAAAGGACCAAUACAGCCCAUUUUGUAAGGAUUUUGAAUGUUUUGUAAAUGUAUUGGUCCGUGUGUAUUUUGUAGUCCUUUAUAGUUGCCUUUAGUUCUUGCUACUUAUUUCCUGUAUGUAUGCAUACUGUAGUUAACGCAUUAAACAAUUGAACUGCA